CUGAAAGGGCUGGAGCACUUCCUGUUUUACUCUGAAAAAUGUCUCUCCUCCAGUGCUUUUCGUCAUCCUUACUUAGUUUGCCAACACUUUCUUUCGCGGAUGCGCAGGAAAUCGCUGCGGCGAAUUCCCCCACCAACAAAUCUGUGAAAGGAUACAAGUUCUUCCACGAAGAAUAUAUCCACAGCUAUCAAGAUAUCACUGGGUGUUGGAAAAGAAAAGGCAGAAUUGUUGGAUUAUUCCUGUAGCUGUGCAGCUGGUAAAUGUUUUUGCAAUCAUGUAGUUGCACUUCUUUACCAGACUGCACACUACUCCCAACUCCAGCUGCCAAAUGUUCCUGCUGCACUGGCCUGCACUAGUGAGUUACAAAGAUGGCACAGACCAAGAACACAGGGGAUACAUCCUGAACCUGUCAGCGACAUGGUGGUGCGGAAGCCCAAAACUAUGGGGAAAAGAUAUCUGCACUCCAGACUUUACAGAGCUUACACAGGACCGCUUCCAGAUCCCGACAUUCUGGCAUCAGGAGAAAUACUACGGCAGCUGGAGUCCCCACCACUUAUCGCUGUUGUCCUAGAUGGUCUUUCUAAUUUGGAGCUGGUUCCAUCCAAAUUUGGGCCUGUGCCACAGGGCUCACCUAUGUCUUAUCAGUGCCCACCUGAGAAGUCCUCUGGUAGUAUUAUUCUGCACCACAUGGCUCCAGACUUCCCUUCUCUUCCUUUGAUGCUGCAUAGAUUUCCGAAUAUGUGUUUUGUGCCCACACUCGGUCAACUUAUACAUCUUCAGUCUCUGCAAGUGUCCCUGGAAAUGUCUUAUGAAAUAGAGGCCAGAACAAGAGAGCAGUCCAAAUGUCCUGCAUGGGUACAUCUUCGACAGCCAAGACUUACUGCUAGCCGUUUCCGUGAUGCUUGCAGAGGAAGUGCAGAGGAGGAGUCUGCUGCCACGGCACUGGCAUCUCGGAUGAUCAGGGGGUCAACUAGACAAACUGCAGCCAUGAAGCGUGGUUUGCAGAUGGAGUCUGAGGUGCUGGCAAACUAUGCUGAGAUGUUGAAGGUCAAUGUGCUCCCUGUGGGAUUCAUUGUUCGCCCUGACACCUCAUAUAUUGAUGCAACUCCAGAUGGCAAGGUGUAUGAUCCGUCAGAAUCACCCCCGUUUGGACUGGUUGAGGUAAAAAGCAGCACAAAGAAUGAUGUGUGUCAGGUUGCUCACCUCAAGGUUCAAGAUGGCCAUGCUAUCUUGAGGCGUUCACAUGCAUAUUACUGGCAGGUACAGGGUCAGCUGGCAGUCACCGGAUUAGAAUGGUGCGACUUUGUCACGGACACGCUAACAACAAUAACUGUUGAGCGGGUGUGGCGUGAUGAGUCUUUCAUUGAUCAAAUGAAAUCUAAACUAGACUUAUUUUACUUCAACACCUUCAUUGAUGUGUUCAUGACAAUGCAACAAGAAUUAUAAAAUGUGUAAUUGACCCUUUUGUUCCUUUGCAUUUCAAAUACUUAAUCUCAGGGUGUGUGAAUCACUGUAAAUAUAUGGUAUUAAUGACACAUCAACAGAUGUGCAAAUUCCUUUAAAAGGCAGUUGCAUAAUUAAAAAAAAAUUGUUUUAACUGCAGUUGUCUUGUAACCUUUGUUUUAAAGUUGCUUCUUCUUAAGGUUGUCUUAAGUAUUUGCAACUAUUGUUUAGAUUUGAUAAAUAUUAAUUUGCAGGAUAAUUUAAAUCAGUAUGGUGUACAAUUAUAAGAUAUGAAAUAGUUAAGGGUUUUUUGUUUUUAGAUAUUGUAAAUUGUACUUGAUUUGUUUUCCUUGCAAUUCCACUUAAACAAGAAAAUACC